AUGCCACCAGCACCAGCACCAUCACCAAUAUCUCCCAUAUCAGCUGAGCAGCAAUUGGCUGCUCUACCAGUACCACCACCUAACACUCGCCCACUGCAGACGACGAGUAUAAAGGGUUACCUUGAUGACAUACCGAAUGUAUUUAGACCAUACGUCAAGGGGAUUAUUAAUGUCAGUGGUGAUGGCAACUGUGGAUUCCGGGCACUUGCUGUUGCAUUGGGGUACGAUGAAAACGAAGGUUACGAGUGGAUCCGACUACAUAUGUUGGCCGAGUAUGAAAACAACAAACAAUUCUACGAUGAACUAACAAGAUGGGGACAGGCUGAAGCGAGGUUUUUUGAGGGGUUAUCAAGGUCUUAUGUAGGGGUGUUUAGACCAACUGGCUACUGGAUGCACAUGACUAUGGGGGCCAUGUUGUUGUCCAACAGGAUGGGUAUAGUAAUUAACUGUUUAUCUACUGCCGCCAAUUGGACUUCGUUCCCAUUUACCUAUGGUCCUGAUGAGAUGCCUAGGACAGAGCCCAUAUCAAUAGCAUUAGUACAUGGUCACGGUCACUAUAUCAUGGUGCAGUUGGAAGGUGACUACCCGAUGGCCCCGGAGAUCGCAUAUUGGGUACAGGAUCGUGUAAGGCCUCCCGUGAGCAAAUGGAAAGAUUUGUACCGACACCGCCAGUUAGCCUACAAUAGAUAUAUAGAUGCAACAAAACCUCCUCCCAUCUAUAUGGGAACAAUGGACUCAUCUGAUUAG